AUGGAGGACACUGUGCUUGAACUGAUCGCUGUGGCUGAGGAUAGAGGACAACCAUCAAAAUCCUCCACUGCUACUGUCGUAGUCGCUUUGCGGACCAUCAGUCUCACACCGAGCAUCACUUUUGAGAGACCUGUCUACAACUUCAGCGUGGCUGAGAACAAGCCGGAGGGGACCGUUGUCGGUAGAGUGAUAGCCGUGACGGGUGAGAGUUCUGUGCAGGUUAACUACACCCUCCUGUCACACACGGACUUCUUCUCCGUGGAUAACCAGGGUAGGAUCAGCGUUUUGCAGAUUCUGGAUAAGGAGAUGCAGGAGUGGUACACCAUUGCUGUAGAAGCAGUGGACUCAAGAAUUCCUCCCAUUACUGCCAUUGCCAUGGUGACAGUGCAGGUAGAGGAUGUGAAUGAAGCGCCCGUAUUCAACAAGACAAGCUACUCAGCCAAGAUCUUCAGCAUCGCUCCCUACAAACAUCCAGUUGUACAAGUGAAGGCCACAGAUCCAGAUGCAGGAGAUGUCGGGGAGUUGGAGUACAGUCUGGAGGAGGACAGCUCGCUCUUCGACGUGGAGCCCUCCACCGGACAGGUGUAUGUAGUGUCAGUGCUUGGUCAGGGGGGACAGGUGACGCUGCACCUAAUGGCUGCUGAUCCCCAGGGACUCACUGCUACAACCAAGGUGGAGGUAACUGUGUUGCCAAGUUCCAGCAGUGAUGUUAUGACCAUUUCCGUGAACCACCCUGCCAGCAGUGUGGAGAAGAAGGUUCCGCAGGUUGAAGAGGCUCUAGGUAAGGCGUUGGGAAUGACGGUAACAGUCAUCAGUAUCGCAGCUGUUCACAAUGUCCAAGGCAGGUCCCCAAGGAGCGAAGAGAAGACAUACAUCAGCUUCAUCGCACUGGACUCCAACCAAGCCAUCGUCCCCUCAGAACAAGUCAGGAGUAAGUUGGAGAGUGAGAAUGAGGAGGUGACGGCACAGCUGGAGAUUGUAUUUGGAUCAGGGCUGGAGCUCUUGACUCCAACCAAGAGGUGGUCAUCACUCUAG